AUGGCUAUUGAUCAGUGCAAAGAUAUUGAAAAUGGUUAUGGACAAAAAGGGCUUGAAGAUUUGGAGCAGCCCUUUAUUCAAAAGAAGAAGGUUCUGGAUUCUGUUGAUGAUGUUGAGGUCAAUGCUAAGAGUAAUGGAUCAAUUGCCAUGGUCUUAUUGAGUACCUGUGUUGCUGUUUGCGGUUCAUUUGAAUUUGGCUCUUGUGUGGGCUAUUCAGCUCCUGUUCAAUCUGAGAUAAGGGAAGAUUUGAAGCUAAGUAUAGCAGAGUACUCCAUGUUUGGUUCAAUUGUAACAAUUGGUGCAAUGAUUGGAGCUAUCACAAGCGGCAGGAUUGCAGAUUUCAUUGGCCGAAAAGGGGCAUUGAGACUGUCAUCUGUCUUCUGCAUUACUGGAUGGCUUGCAGUCUAUUUUGCUAUGGGUGCUUUACUUCUAGAUGUUGGAAGGUUUUUAACAGGAUUUGGGAUCGGAAUUCUUUCUUAUGUUGUUCCUAUAUUCAUAGCUGAAAUUGCUCCAGAGGAUAUUCGCGGAGGCCUAGCAACCUUGAACCAGCUCAUGAUUGUCAUUGGCUCAUCGGUUGCUUUCUUACUUGGAUCAGUUAUAUCGUGGCGCUAUCUAGCCCUGAUUGGUAUUCUUCCAUGCAUUGUCCUACUCUUGGGCUUAUUCUUGAUCCCUGAAUCACCAAGGUGGCUGGCAAAAGUAGGCCGUGGAAAGGAUUUCCAGGCGGCCUUGCGAAAGCUUCGAGGCAAAAAUGCUGAUAUCACUAGAGAAGCAUCUGAAAUCGAAGCCUAUCUUUUGACCCUCGAAAGUCUUCCAAAGUCGCGAUUACUGGAUUUGUUUGAAUCAAAAUACAUACGUUCUGUGAUUAUUGGUGUUGGAUUGAUGGUAUUCCAACAGUUUAUUGGAAUAAAUGGAAUCGGUUUCUACGCCAGUGAAACAUUUGUAGCUGCAGGGCUUUCUUCAGGAAAAAUUGGAACAGUAGCCUUGGCGAUAAUUCAGGUGCCAUUAACUAUUAUCGGCGCGAUUUUGAUGGACAGAUCUGGAAGAAGACCACUCCUUAUGGUCUCAGCAGCAGGGACAUUCCUAGGUUGCUUCUUGACUGGUGCUUCUUUUUUCCUCAAGGGACAGAACAUGAUGCUUGAAUGGGUGCCGGUUUUCGCUGUAGCUGGCAUUCUGAUUUACAUAUCAGCAUUCUCAAUCGGAAUGGGACCUGUUCCAUGGGUGAUAAUGUCAGAGAUUUUCCCUAUUAACAUUAAGGGUGUUGCUGGAAGUUUGGUGGUACUAGUGAACUGGGCUGGUGCUUGGGCAGUUUCCUACACUUUCAAUUUCCUCAUGAGCUGGAGUUCUACGGGAACAUUCAUGAUUUACGCGGGUUUUUGCGCUCUUACUGUACUAUUCGCCGCGAAAAUGGUGCCCGAAACAAAGGAGAAGACGCUUGAGGAAAUACAGGCAGCCAUUAACUCAUAA